GGUGAGUGUGCGGGGAACUGUUCCCGUUUCGCAGGAAAACCCGUUUUGCAUUUGUGAAUCCAUCAGCCGCAAAAGUGAGGCCCGAAGCAGCCCUCCCCGAGCCCCUCCUCAAUUCGGGGGGGAUGAGCGGCUCCCGGAAUAACCGAGUGAUGGUGGAGGGGGUGGGGGCUCGGGUUGCGCGGGGCCCGGAUUGGAAAUGGGGGAAACAGGACGGAGGAGAGGGUCAUGUGGGCACAGUACGAAGCUUCGAAAGCCCCGAAGAGGUGGUGGUGGUCUGGGACAAUGGCACCGCUGCCAAUUACCGCUGCUCCGGGGCCUAUGACCUGAGGAUAAUGGACAGUGCGCCUACUGGCAUUAAACAUGAUGGGACGAUGUGCGAUACAUGCCGCCAGCAACCCAUUAUUGGAAUCCGUUGGAAAUGUGCCGAAUGUACCAACUAUGAUCUGUGCACUGUGUGCUACCAUGGGGAUAAGCACCACCUUAGACAUCGCUUUUACAGGAUCACAACACCCGGAAGUGAGAGGGUGCUCCUGGAGUCUCGACGCAAGUCAAAGAAGAUAACCGCAAGAGGUAUCUUUGCAGGAGCUAGAGUAGUGCGGGGUGUAGAUUGGCAGUGGGAAGACCAAGAUGGUGGUAAUGGAAGGAGAGGCAAAGUAACCGAAAUUCAAGAUUGGAGUGCAUCAAGCCCACACAGUGCAGCAUAUGUGUUGUGGGACAAUGGAGCAAAAAAUCUGUAUAGGGUUGGAUUUGAAGGCAUGUCUGACCUGAAAUGUGUCCAGGAUGCUAAAGGUGGUUCUUUUUACAGAGAUCAUUGUCCUGUGUUAGGUGAACAGAAUGGUAAUCGGAAUCCAGGUGGCCUGCUCAUCGGUGAUCUAGUUAAUAUUGAUUUAGAGUUGGAAAUUGUUCAGUCAUUGCAGCAUGGUCAUGGAGGUUGGACUGACGGCAUGUUUGAAACCCUAACCACUACCGGUACUGUGUGUGGCAUUGAUGAAGAUCAUGAUAUUGUAGUGCAGUACCCCAGUGGAAACAGGUGGACAUUUAACCCAGCUGUUCUUACAAAGGCAAAUGUUGUUCGAAGUGGUGAUGCUGCUCAAGGUGCAGAAGGUGGAACAUCACCUUUUCAAGUGGGUGAUCUUGUACAAAUAUGUUAUGACAUUGAGAGAAUAAAACUUCUUCAAAGAGGCCAUGGUGAAUGGGCUGAAGCUAUGCUACCGACUCUAGGCAAAGUUGGCAGAGUACAACAGAUUUAUUCAGACAAUGAUUUGAAAGUUGAAGUUUGUGGGACAUCUUGGACGUAUAACCCAGCUGCUGUUUCAAGAGUUGCCUCUGUGGGGUCAGCCAUUAGUAAUGCCACUGGUGAAAGACUGUCACAACUUUUGAAGAAAUUGUUUGAGACUCAGGAAUCAGGCGACCUAAAUGAGGAGCUGGUGAAAGCCGCCGCAAAUGGAGAUGUGGCCAAAGUGGAUGAUUUGCUGAAAAGACAGGAUGUAGAUGUAAAUGGACAGUGCGCUGGACACACAGCAAUGCAAGCCGCAAGCCAGAAUGGACAUGUAGAUAUCCUGAAAUUGCUUCUAAAGCACAGUGUAGAUGUAGAAGCGGAGGAUAAAGACGGAGACCGGGCAGUGCACCAUGCAGCUUUUGGAGAUGAAGGCACGGUUAUUGAAGUGCUGCAGAGAGGAGGAGCAGAUUUAAAUGCACGGAACAAGCGCAGACAGACGCCUCUUCAUAUUGCUGUUAAUAAAGGUCACUUGCAAGUUGUAAAAAAAUUAUUGGAUUUUAGCUGUCACCCAAGUCUACAGGAUUCAGAAGGUGAUACUCCACUCCAUGAUGCUAUCAGCAAAAAACGUGAUGAUAUAUUGGCUGUGCUGUUGGAGGCUGGAGCAGAUGUUACCAUCACAAACAACAAUGGAUUUAAUGCUCUUCAUCAUGCUGCAUUGCGGGGAAAUCCCAGUGCUAUGCGGGUCCUGCUCUCCAAGUUACCUCGGCCAUGGAUCGUAGAUGAAAAGAAAGAUGACGGAUACACUGCUUUGCAUCUUGCUGCACUGAAUAAUCAUGUUGAAGUAGCAGAGUUAUUAGUUCAUCAGGGAAGCGCAAACCUGGACAUUCAGAAUGUAAACCAGCAGACUGCUCUUCACUUGGCUGUGGAACGUCAGCAUACGCAGAUUGUCAGACUGUUGGUUCGUGCAGAAGCUAAACUAGACAUCCAAGAUAAAGAUGGCGAUACACCAUUGCACGAAGCCCUUCGGCACCAUACUUUGUCACAGUUGCGGCAGCUUCAAGACAUGCAGGAUGUUGGCAAGGUUGAUACUACUACUUGGGAGCCUUCAAAGAACACCUUAAUAAUGGGACUUGGAACUCAAGGAGCUGAGAAGAAAAGUGCAGCCUCCAUUGCCUGUUUUUUGGCUGCCAAUGGAGCUGAUCUUGCAGUACGUAACAAAAAAGGACAGUCCCCUCUUGACCUCUGUCCAGAUCCCAACCUUUGCAAAACUUUGGCUAAAUGUCACAAGGAGAAAUCCAGUGGUCAAGUAGGAUCCCAUAGUCCAUCCAUGAUCAACAAUGAUUCUGAGACAUUAGAAGAAUGUAUGGUGUGCUCAGAUUUAAAGAGAGAUACUCUUUUUGGCCCGUGUGGACACAUUGCUACAUGUUCUUUAUGUUCUCCACGUGUUAAGAAAUGUCUCCUAUGCAAAGAACAAGUGCAGUCAAGGACUAAGAUCGAAGAAUGUGUAGUCUGUUCGGAUAAAAAGGCAGCAGUGCUCUUCCAGCCUUGUGGCCAUAUGUGUGCUUGUGAAAACUGUGCAAGUCUAAUGAAGAAAUGUGUUCAGUGCCGUGCAGUGGUUGAGCGCCGAGUGCCGUUUGUUAUGUGUUGCAGUGGAAAAGGUACAGAGGAUGUCGCAGAUGAUAUAGCCGGCGGUAACAUACCAGCUUUACAGAAGGACAAGGACAACACCAAUGUCAAUGCAGAUGUGCAGAAGCUGCAGCAGCAGUUACAGGACAUUAAAGAACAGACAAUGUGCCCCGUUUGUUUGGAUCGGUUGAAGAACAUGAUCUUCAUGUGUGGACACGGAACUUGCCAGCUUUGUGGAGACCGAAUGAGCGAAUGCCCCAUUUGUCGGAAGGCCAUAGAGCGAAGAAUAUUAUUAUACAGUAUGUCUUGUUAGGAGAGAGAGAGAGAAAACCUUCAUAUAAAGAAUCUGAGCUGUUGAGCUACCAAAGAGAGAACAAAGAAGCUAAUUGAGAUACUGCAUUGUGACUUUCUGAAUAUAGGCAUGUCCAAAUCUGCCUGUUGCCCUAGUUACUGUGCAUAAUGAUACAUUGCUUUUUUUAUUUUUUUACUCGCGGCUUCUGACCAUGUUCAUACCUUACCGAUACUGAAAAGUGCCUAAAAAUACUCCAAUAUAAUGAUUAACAUUUCUUAUAGUAUAAAUGAAUCUUUAAACUAACAUAUAAAGCACAAUAUUCACAAUCAGUUCGGUUAUCCUAAUCUCUUUCUGGUAACUGUGCAACAACUGCAAAAAGAGACAUUUCAUUUACCUACUUUGCAGAUAAGCAAUACUGUAUGUUAAACACAGGCAUUUUAAGCUGUGAGGCUGCAGUAAAAAACAAACCAAGUUUUCCACUCUGGGGAUAAUUAUCCUUCUAUUAUUCUUUUUAUCCACCACUGUUGCAAUGCUAUCCCUUCCCUUUUUUAACUUAAUUCAUAUUAUUAUUAUUAUUGGUAUUUAACUGAGCUUGUUUUGCUGUUGCUUGCCUUUGUUUGGCUAGCACAUGGGGAGCUUAGAUAGUGAGAGAGACUUUUUAAGUCCCAGAAACUGGUAAGCACAUUCACCAACAUUCAGACUGGGAUUCAUAAGAGAUCCCUAGUAGAAUCAGGGAGGGGUUCCUCACGAAUGGGAAAUGUAAUAAAAGUUGCAAAGAGCAAAACAAUUCGCACCAAUAAAAAUCCACAUCCACAUCUCGCAUUGUAAUAUUGUUACAAUAAACUGUUAUUACAGUGCAGAUUUUAAUUGCGCACUCUUAAGAAGUGCUUGAAGGUGUCGUAAACUUUUGGAGCAAACAUAAUGGCUUUUUCAGUAAGAAGUUUUAUUACAUUUACUGCGCAUUGGCACAAACUAUAAAAUUUGCAAACGGUCUUCUACUGUCGGAAGUGGUCGCUAAACAGUUUCUGGGUUCGCAAAAGUUAUAUUAAAUUCGCACAAAGCAAAAAAUUUUCGUGCAAAGGCAUAACUUUUCGCGUUGCGAAUAGUUCUUUCAUUACCGACUUUUAUCACAUUCCCCCGAAUUAUUUAUAUUUUAUAAAAUCAUUUAUUUGGCUUUUUUGAUAUGCCAAUUUGUAAAAACUGAUUCAGUUUAAAGGAUUUUCGAAAAAAGCUUGUGGGAAUUGGGCUAAUUUUAAUGCUGUGCAAGUCCAGAAGCGUUUUAGUUUGUUUACCAUCAUUCUUCCCUGAUAAAAAAAAAAUACCAAUAAUUGUUAAAUAAGCCCCUGGCUUUUCACUUUCCACAUUGUGUGAGCGUUGUAAUUCUCACACAAUGUGUAAUGAGGAGAACUAAUAUAUUCCAUAUACUUAUGGUCAUCUUGUUUCUUUUUAAAUUUCCACUACUGUAUGUCUCACUUCUAAUGGGGUAAGUUGGCAAAGCCGGACCCCAGCUAAAACCUCUAGCCAACCACAUACUCUUUCUUCCAGUUUACUUUCUGGCUGCCCAUCCCCUGACUUCUUUGCAGAAGGUAAGAUUUUGACUUGACAGAAGGGGUUGGAUAGGGUAAUCCAUAUGUAGUAUUCUGUAUGAUAGUUACACAACUGCUUUCUGAACCACAAGUAACAAGGGGUCAUUUCUGUUCUUCUCAGAGGCUAUGAAGUGUCACCUUGGCACUGUAUAAUGCACUUUCUAGUAAAUUGUUCUCUCUUUUCUGCAUAAUAAAAAGAGCAUGUAUCCUUACUGUCAUGCAACUCUA